AUGGAGCCACCAUAUGAACCCUUUACCUGGAGGCAAACGAAGCCUGGAAGGUGGGAGCGCGAUGUUGACGAGGUCGAACAGUUCUAUACCACGCUGGCAAAACGGUUCCAAGGAAGUCGCCGUGUCUUUUUCGCCUUGACUGCUCAUGUUUCUUUCUCCAUUGCGACCGAUUCGAUCUCCAAAACAAGCGAAGCACGCGUUCUCAAUGCACUGCGGAUAGCAUGGUUGCGACUGCGAUACGAUCAUCCCACCAUUGCAUCCUGGGUCGAGUAUAAUCACGACGCGAAGAAAUGCCAUAAAGUCUAUGAAACUUUUUGUGAUGAGGGGGAAUCCACCUGGCUGAAAAACACAUUUCAGGUUAUAUCCAAUUGCCAGUCCGGCCAGGAAUGGUGCAAUUCGAACGCCCCAGUGCCCAAACUGCCGACCUUGUUCCUUGUCAAACGUGCGCCAGCCGACGACCACUUCCAAGCUGACCUCGUUCUCCGCUCGCAUCAUAAUAUUAUUGACGGUAUUGGGUCGCUUCAUCUCCUGAACAAUCUUUUCAAAUAUGCAUCUGAGGCUUUGGAUCACCCAAAGAUGUUCCACAUUCCUGAUUUCAGGGAUGAAUGGAAGAAUCUCAGUCCGCCGUUGAAGACGGCUGCUUCAAUUCCAGACCUCGACAUCCCCGAGCAAGAUGCUACGCUCAAGGGUAUCUUGGAUAGAAAUGCUUCUCUUCUUGAGGAAGCUGAGAUUGCCCAAAUCCCUCAUCAAUCGGGACCGACCGUCCCAGGGUGCCACAAGCGAGUCUCGCUGACUCUUAGCGAAGAGCAGACUCAACACUUGUUGGUGGCGAGCAAGAAACUUGAUGCUAGCAUCACGCAUGUAUACCAUGCAGCAAUCGCAAUUAUUGUCCGUGACUUGCAGACGCGACAGCCCAAGGAGCGAAGAGUGAGAUAUAUCAGCUACUCUCCCAUCAACGAGCGCAGUCAAUGCAAGCAACCAUAUAAUACACCGGAGCAUGCUGCCUCUGUGUACCACUCUGUAUCUGGCCGGAGUCUCGCAAUUGACUUGACGGUGCCAGCUCUCGCAGACUCCGAUCCAACAACCAAAGAAAAGAAGUCAGAAUUCGCAAAAACAGUCAAGCAGGUAAAAGACUACUACGUUGCUAUGCGAGAUGACAAGGAACACAUCCGUCUAGUUCCCUCGUAUUGGUCUCUUUCUACUCCCCCGUAUCCCCCGGGAACGGAAGAUCCUCCAGUUCCUCCGCCAAACCAUGCACCAUCGGCUUCAAUCGCCAGUCUGGGCAUGAUUGAAACUAUUCUCUCUCCAACGCAUGGUCGUUUCGAACUAGAUGACCCAUGGGUGACCGGCGACGAACUCGGAACCGGAUUGGGUCUGUACUUGGGCACAUUCCGCGGUCGUAUGUCAUUGAGUGCUGCGUAUAACGAUGCCUGGCACGAUGAAAGUGAAGCGAAGGAAUUCGUGACAAAGUGUAACAGUCUAGUGUUGGAAAUGCUGUAA